AGGGCACCGCAACAUCCUGGAGGUUGCCGAGGUCCUGUGCUCGCCGGACGACAGGCACCUGUACAUCGUGUCCCACAUGUACGAUUCCGACCUGUCGAAGGCGCUGCGCUGCCGCGCCGUGCGCGCGGCGCACCAGCCGUACAUCGUCUACCAGGUGCUGCGCGCGCUGAAGUACGUGCACUCUGCCGAAGUGAUGCACCGGGACGUCAAGCCCGCCAACUUGUUGAUCAACGCGGACUGCAGGGUGGCGCUGUGCGACUUCGGCUGGGCGCGGCUGUCGCCUGUCGACGCCAGCCCUGACGACGUAGAGGGGCUGGAGAUGACGGCCUACGCGUCGACGCGGUGGUACAGGAGAACACCUUGGGGGGGAGGAGCGCUACAAGAUCGCCGUGGACAUGUGGGCAGUCGGCUGCGUGGCGGCGGAGGUGGUGCUGGAAGCGCCCCUCUUCCCCGGCACAUCGACCAUCGACAUGUGGGACAAGCAGUUGGAGACCCUCGGCAAGCCCACGCCCACCGACGUGGAAGCCAUGGAGGCGGAGUACGCCUCGUACGUGCUCAACACGGGAGGCCUAUCACCGCUCCUGGGUCGCCACUGGCGAGCAUACUUCCAGCCCAGAGCGCUACCGUCGAGCUGGACGGACUGGACUUUCUGGAGCUGCUCCUGCAGUUCAACCCAGACAAGCGCCUGAGCUCGGCGGAGGCGCUGCAACACCCAUACGUGGCUGCCCACCACAAUCCAGACGACGAGCCGGACCCGAGUUUGGGCGCGUGCUGACGCUGCCGCUCCCGGACACGGCGAAGCUCACCACCAUGCGCUACCGGGACCAGG